CCCGCACACGUCGACGCCCCGACGCGAACGACGCGAACGACGGAACGAACGCCGCCAUCAUGCCCGCGCCCGAGUUAAAGUUCGAAACCCUGCAGGUGCACGCCGGCCAAGCGUCCGAUCCCGCGACGAACGCGCGCGCGGUGCCGAUCUACGCCACGAGCUCGUACACGUUCGAUUCGUCCAAGCACGGCGCCGAUCUGUUCGGGCUGCGCGCGUUCGGGAACAUAUACAGCCGAAUCAUGAACCCGACGUGCGACGUGUUCGAAAAGCGCGUCGCCGCGCUCGAGGGCGGCGUGGGCGCGCUCGCGGUGUCGAGCGGGCAGAGCGCGCAGUUUUUGGCGAUCUCGACGAUUUGCGGGACGGGCGAUAACAUCGUCGCGACGCCGAGCCUGUACGGUGGAACGUACAAUCAGUUCAAGGUGACGUUUCCGAGACUUGGGAUCAACGUUAAGUUCGCGAAGGACGACGAUCCGGCGAGCUUUGAGGCGCAAAUCGACUCGAACACGAAGGCGCUGUACGUGGAGACGAUUGGGAAUCCGCGAUUUUCGGUGCCGGACUUUGCCAAGUUGAAGGCGAUCGCUCAAAAGGCGGGGAUUCCUUUGAUUUGCGACAACACGUUCGGUGCUUGCGGAUACGUGUGUCAACCGCUCAAGCACGGCGCGGAUAUCGUGGUUGAAAGCGCGACGAAGUGGAUCGGCGGCCACGGCACCACCGUCGGCGGCGUCAUCGUCGACGGCGGUACGAUGAACUGGAACAACGGUAAGCACCCAGUGAUGACUGAUCCGUCUCCGGGCUACCAUGGAUUGAAGUUCUGGGACACUUUCGGCCCGGACGGCAUUCUUGGUGCCAACGCGACGUUCAUCAUGCGUUGCCGCGUCGAAGGCUUGCGCGAUCUCGGCAUGUGCCAAAACCCGUUCGGAGCGUUCAACUUCAUCCUCGGCUUGGAGACUUUGUCUCUCCGCAUGGAACGCCACUGCUCGAACACUAUGGCUUUGGCGCAAUACUUGGAAAAGCACCCGCAAGUGAGCUGGGUGUCUUACCCAGGCCUCAAGGCGCACCCGUUCCACAAGCUCGCCAUCGAAUAUUUCCGCGACGGCAACUUUGGAGCCGUGCUCACGUUCGGUAUCAAGGGUGGUCUCGAUGCGGGCAUGAAGUUCAUCGACAAUGUCAAGCUCGCUUCGCACUUGGCUAACGUCGGGGAUGCGAAGACGCUCGUCAUCCAUCCGGCGUCGACCACGCACGAACAGCUCACUCCGGAGGAACAAACCGCCUCGGGCGUGACUCCGGACAUGAUUCGCGUCUCCGUCGGCAUCGAGCACAUCGAUGACAUCUGCGCGGAUUUCGCCCAAGCGCUCACGGCGUAAUCUUCCGGUGCUGAUCCAAUCAGAAUCGUCUCUUGCACGAACUAUUUACGAAAACUUUAAUCGCGCGCGCGGCUCCGCAACGCAGCAUGUCUCUCAUAUUACUAUCAUACCACAUCAAUAAACUUGUAAUGAACACAAAAAACGAAAAAAAUCGAA